AUGAUCUCAACUAAGCGCCCACUGCCCCCAGAGAACACCUCCAAGUAUCGCCCCGGCAAGACCUGCUCCCGAACUAGAAAUCCCGUCCGAGAAGAACGAGAGUCCAGGCGACCAGAAAGGCGACACAAACCCAGUAGCCCACAGGAUCGAAGCCCCUCAGACUCCCCAAUCGUAACCCUUAGCGUCGGUCCCGAAAAGCGCCUCUUCGCCUGCCACGAAGACGUCCUCUGCGCAUCGCCGUACUUUGCAACCUUCUGUCGCGAGCGAUUCGGUAUUUCGGCAAGAGCCAAACGGAUCGAGCUCCCUAAUGAACAACCAGAGGUUCUAUCAUGUGUUCUGGAGUACCUGUACAGGGCCGACUAUACGCCCAGACUAGUUCAUAAUGCGCGACGGGAGCAGUGGGAGCUGGAAGAUAUGGGGACAGACAGUGAGGGACAGAGCCAUGGUGCUACGAUGUUCCAUCAGGCGGCUGGAGGUGUGAUUUUGAGGGAUACAGCUGUCUACUGUGCCGCAGAAAAAUACACUCUCGAGCCUCUAAAACGCCUCGCGCUACGCAAGCAGGGCCUCCACACGGGCAUCCAAUGCAGCACGAUCCUCACCAGCGCGCGCUACGCCUACGCUAACACGCCCGAUACCGAGUCGAAGCUUCGAGCGCACUAUCUUGCGCUGAUUAUCCGGAGUCGGUCGACGUUUAAGAGGAGUGGGACUAUGCAGAUGCAGAUGGAGGAGGGGGGAAAGUUGUUUUUUGAUUUGUUUGUUGCGAUGUGUAAUCAUAUGGAUGAUCUUUCGGCUAUGGCUAAGCGGGACCGUUGA